ACUUGAUAGUUUAGUAAUAUAUAAAGAUCUGGUAUCCAGAAUUCAGAUUUUCAUUCAAGAUUCUUGUCUGAAAUGACUUUAUCGAUAAUAUAGGUUUCGUGUAUACAUUCGUGCAAAUAGUCGAGUCCAUGUCGGAAAUUUUUCAUUAAUCUCAUUUAGUGUUUGGAAAAACAAUCACUGCAAGAAUCUUUUUUUACCGUUCUAAGAAUAUGUUGCAUCUUGGAAUCAGAAUGACAAGCAAUGUUUCCGAGAAUUUUUAGUUUUUCAGAAGAAGAAGGUGGUGAUACUGCUGACUCGUUGGAUAUUAAGCCACCGCAAGCAGUUGUUCGCCAUCAUAAAUCAAGUUCGUCUCGUCGAAGAGAGAAACACAAUGAUAGGAGAAGUCGCAGAGAUGAAAAGGAACGCAAAUCGCGUCAGCAUGAACGCGAAGACAGGCACAGGGACAAGCACAGACAUCGUAGGCAUGUUGGAGAACCUAUGGAAAGAAUCGAGCGUUUAGAAACUUCCAAGAGGAAUCGUGAAAGAAUAGAUCGUUUAGACAGAAUGGAAACUCACUCUAGGGACAGAGAAUCAUCUAGACAUGAUCGUAAGGAAAGAAAUACAGGAGAUCGUGUUCUAGAAGACUUGAGAGAAAGACUGUUGGAUAAGAGAAGAGAAAGACGGGAAGAUCCGCGUGAUACUCGCGAUUACAAAAUGGAAUCGUCUCGUCGUGAAAUGCGAUUAGAGGAUACGCGAGAAAUACGCGAAUCGCGCGAUCGUCGAGAUGUACGAAUGGAAGAUAUUCGAGAACGUCGCGAAAUGCGUAUGAUAGACGAUAGAGAACGUCGCGAAAUUCGAAUAGAGGAGCAAAGACAUAUACGAGUGAUUGUAGAUGAACAGUUUUCGGAAAACGAAUUGAUGGAGCGACCUGAAAGGAGUGAAAAACGCCGCAAAAGAUCUCACAAGCACGAUAGAGUUCGCGAAAGAGAUCAAGAGAAAAUGGAACGCGAAAAGGAACAUAGAGAAAAACAGUUACGGGAAACGAUGGAAAUCGUAACCGAUGAAGUUAACGAAAUGGAAGUGCAAAAUGAGAUUCCUAUACAGAUUAAAGAUCCAAAAGAGAUGACGGAACAAGAACUUAGAAAAGAGAGAUUAUUGGAAGCUGAUAGAGAAAUGGCCAGAAGAAAAGAGGUUUCUAGACUAGAAUUGGAGGCAAGAAGAAUGAAGAGAGGUGAAAAACGCCCUUUGAGUCCAGACAAUAAUCCAGAUCCUUCCAUUGUGGAGCUUUCAGAUGAAAGCCCCAGUCCUACUCAUUCUGAGGGCAUGCGUUCGAAAUCAGCUGAAUCUAGACAUUCGUCAGAAGGAGAGAGAAGCUUGCGUGACAGAUCUUUGGACCGACAUUCAUCUGAUACUUCAGAAUCGAGUAGCGACGAUGAUGAUGACUCUAAUGAAUCGAAUAAAGGUACCGGUGGUGAUUCUAAUGAUGGUUCGGAGGAUUACAACAACCCGAGUCCUCUAUCCGUUGAUCGAUUAGCCAAAUCCGAUCAAUCGGAUGGAGAUUCUCCUGGUCAUGUCGAUUCUAACAAUCCUGUGAAAACCACUAAAGAGGAAGAAAAGAAAGAAGAGGAACCAGAACUACCACAUUAUUUACCAGCCAUUCAAGGUUGUAGAAGCGUCGAGGAGUUUCAGUGUUUAAAUCGAAUCGAAGAAGGCACAUAUGGUGUUGUAUAUAGAGCGCGCGAUAAGCGCACAGAAGAGAUAGUUGCGUUGAAACGAUUAAAAAUGGAAAAAGAGAAAGAAGGCUUUCCAAUUACAAGUCUGAGGGAGAUCAAUACUUUAUUGAAAGCACAACAUCCCAAUAUUGUCACUGUUCGGGAAAUUGUUGUUGGUAGCAAUAUGGAUAAGAUAUUUAUUGUUAUGGAUUAUGUAGAACAUGACUUAAAAUCUCUCAUGGAAACUAUGAAGCAAAAAAAACAAGUUUUUAUACCUGGAGAAGUUAAGUGUCUUAUGCAGCAAUUGUUACGUGCUGUUGCUCAUUUACACGAUAAUUGGAUAUUGCAUCGUGAUUUAAAGACAUCAAAUUUAUUAUUGAGUCAUAGAGGCAUUUUGAAAGUCGGUGACUUUGGCUUAGCUCGAGAAUAUGGUUCUCCCUUAAGGCAAUAUACGCCAAUUGUUGUAACACUUUGGUAUAGAGCUCCUGAAUUAUUGUUGAGUGAUAAAGAAUAUAGUACGCCUGUAGAUAUGUGGUCUGUAGGAUGUAUUUUCGCUGAGCUUCUAAGAAUGGAACCACUGUUUCCCGGAAAAUCAGAUAUCGAUCAAUUAAACAAAAUAUUUAAGGAGCUAGGUACACCCAGCGAAAGAAUUUGGCCAGGAUAUAUUAAAUUACCUAUGGUUCAAAAGAUACCGUUCUCGCAUUAUCCUGUAAAUAAUCUGAGACAAAGAUUUAGUUUAUCAUUGUCUGAUUUAGGUGUAGAGUUAUUAAACAAAUUUUUAACGUACGAUCCUCGUCAACGUAUAACCGCCGAAGAUGCUUUGAAUCAUGAAUAUUUCACUGAAGCACCUCUACCAAUAGAUCCGCAAAUGUUUCCUACAUGGCCUGCAAAAUCAGAACAAGGAACUAGAACCACGAAUGCAUCCCCGAAACCACCGAGUGGCGGCAGAGAAUAUAAACAAUUAGGCGACGGUGACGACGCUGAUUUAAGCAACUCCGGUUUUCACAUGGGUUUAAUAGAGGGUAGUAGAGCGCCGCCAAUCGGAGGUGGUUUUCAUUUGAAAUUCUAAUUAAACAAAAUUUUUUCUCAUUCUCCGUAAGAUUUUCUAAAUGAAAAUCUUUAUAUAAAAUCCCUUAUAUAAAAAACUCCUUUAUAUAAAAUAAACAUAUGCACACAUGCGCACACACCCAUAUACAGAGUGUCCCAUUUUAUUUUUGUUAGUCAAAUAUCUUGAUGAUAUUAUGGCGUUUUUGAGUGGUCGAGUUUAACCCGAUCCGGGUUAAUUUAUUAGACAUUAUUGACCAAUCACAGCCAUUCUGAAGAAUGUAAUCAUACAUA